AUGCGAAAACGCGGUUCUCAUUGCUCUAUCCAGUGCUCUAGGUAUGGCCACUUGCGUUCAGAUGAUGCAGCCAGUCCGAGCGAGACGGUCUGGAAGCAUGCAUUCAACAAACGACUCUUCGUCGUGUACUCGCAAGAGUCCAUAUUCGACAAUCUCUCGAGGAUUGCAGAUGCUAUUGAGGUUGACCAGCAAGGCGGUCCGAGUCCAGAAGACAGGAACAUAAGCCAGACAGACAAUCGAGAUGCAGAGACCGGAGACGCGCUCUACGAACAGAAGUUGAAUUUCGGUACCCUGUCCACUAUCGGCAAACUGCAAAUCAAAUGGGUGGACACGAUCGAGCCGCCCAGCUGGUGGGACAACACUGUCAGCACUGUAUGA